AUGGCAGCAGUGGCACGGCUGGUGCCGGUCAACUCCGGCCUGGAACUGCCUGAGCCUGAACUGGAAGGUCGGUGGGCCACAGGCGACGAGGGCUGCGGUGGCGUCGUGGCGGCGAUCCGCGAACUCUCCGUGGCAGAGGCCAACGAACUCGCCUGUAACCUCGUCUGCCGCAUCCCGGCUGACUGCAUCGACUCCUGCUCUCUACAGGGAUGGAACGACACGGAGUGGAACGUGAAAUCGCUGACAGCUGAUCACGUACGGCGUCCCGUCCUCUCCCAGUUAGUGAACGCCGUUCAGCGCAUCACAACUGCCAUAGUCGCUAGAAGAAGAUGUGAUGACUAUGAAUACAUCCAUUUUGGUGCGGACACAUCCAACAGAACAGCACUCAGGGCCAAGGUACAGGUUCGCCUGGAAUCCUUCUCCACCUACUGGCGAGACACUGCGCAGCUGCUCUCACUUGGUGUUACAUACAUUUCUCAACUGUUCAUUCCACUCGCAUUCGAACACAUGGGUAACCACACGACUGAUCAGCAACUCCAUGAAUGGGUUAAGAACAUGAAACAUUUGAGAAACAUACUUGACACGAAAUUGAGCGGUUGGAUACAUGACGUACAAGCUGUCAGCGAGCUGAUAAUGAACUACAAGAUACCUGUAGAAGAGAAAGACCAGCCUGGGAAGUAUGUAUUCAGGGAACCACGUUUGUAUAAUGACGUACUGGACUAUCACGAACAACAGCUCUUCCUACGUGACAACUUCAGCGCGCUGUGUGAGAACCAACAACCACAGUCAUCUCAAAUGUUCGGCCUCGCCGACGCUCUGUACUCCGUCUACCGUUCCUUCAGAUUCAACACUCUACAGGCAUUACCUUACGCCAUAACGAAUACAAUAGGUGAAGAGUGGCAGCUCGAGGACAAAAGCAGCGCCACUCUCAACGUGAACACUGACUGCAUGCAGCUGUUGGCGAACGCGCUGGACCACCCCACGUGUCCACUGGAGGACCUGCCACCAGAAACCAUCAAGCAGCGCCAGCAGUGUCGCGUGCAGCUGUGGGACGACAUGGCGCAGAGAUGGCCCCACAUACCUGUCAUCAGCUACCUGGCCUACACGCAGAGGGCGAACGUCAACCUAUGUCUACUCGCCUGGAUGACAGUCAACUCGUUCAGCAUUUGUCAGGACGUCCCCUUUAGUAUCACACAGUCAGUACGUGAUGCUCGCUGCUAUUUUGAUACUCCUGACAACGAAUCGUGUCUGGAAUCGAAGGUUACAGAUGCGAUCUGCUCCGUUUCCAGAGCUAUUCUAUUGCAGAAGUGUCACGAUUUUUAUUCCUCUGAGCGUGUCGAGGAUUGCAGUGUAGGCCUAGUACUUGAAACAAAAGAUCGAUAUGGAUCACUGAAAUAUACAUCUUACGAAGAAGGAAGGCCAACGAGAACAACACUGAACUACAAAGACAGUUUGAACAGAGCCACCUUGAAAUACAAGAAUUUUAAAAUCGAUUUUUUAAAACCUUUAGAAAUCACGUUCAUAGCAAUUUUAAUGCACUGA